CUGCCCUUGCUGUAGCAGACACAUUGCAGUCGCAAACGCUUGCACUCGCAUCGACUUGCUCUCUGCAUCAGAACCAACAAAUCACAGACUCGAACAGUUGGAGAAUACAGAGCAGGAACGAAAAAGCAAAAACAAGGCAUUGAUUGAUGGCAAUAAGCAACAUCGGUGGGGACUCAACCGCACAGUUAUAAGAAGGUUCUUCGUGCCUGUAGGUGAUGGUUUCCUACUUUGAGGGCAGGGUUUCCCUGGACCGUUCGCAAAAGUAAAAACAAAAGAAGCAGUGGGGAGAGAAACGAGGGGUGAGGAUGCUACCAAAAAUCCCUCCCUGAGGAACCUGAGAGGAUGUAGAGGGAAAGGGACCCCUGGAAGGGCAGCAGAUCUCUUGGACGGACGGAAGCAGGAAUUUGGAAAUAAAAAAGUUCACUCAGAGAUGAAAUGGAUUGGAAGCCACUUGCUACUGGAAGCGCCUUUGCAAAUAAAAGAAGAUUUGAAUAAAACAAGCUUUCACUGGAAUCUGACUUUAAUAAUGCUGUGAAAUAAAGGAGAAUUUUGGAUGAAACAGGAAACAAUGAAAAUCAAGAAAAAAAACAAUCCAGACAUACCCAAUUCCAUUUAACUGAGGUUCACUAAGGAUUAUGGAAACGGGGCAGUGACUCAUGGCGAAGAAAAGAAUGGCAAGGCAGUGAGGAUGUGACUGUCAGUAAGUCAUCCAUUUGACCACAGAUCAAAUUCACAUCAUCGUGAUUUUCGGCGAUUCACUAUGUGGAACCAAUUGACCCUUGGCACAUCUGAGUAUUUCAGUGUUUCCCUCUGGAUUUUCAUCUGAAGCAAUGAUGGGACUAGCUGGGCAGUUUGUCUAUAAAAGAACUGAAAGGAUUGGAAACCAUUUUAAAUCUUGAUGAAACAGACACAACAGCUCGUGUCGCUCCCUACUGUCAUUGCACUGGUUGUUUGGAGCAGUCCUAUCCGUGUGUGCGACACACACAGACAGUUAUGUAUCAGGUUAAUGGAGUAAUCAGACCCCUGUAGGAGAGCAGGGAGGAGAACAAACAGAAGGACAUAAGACUUGGGUCUGUGGACAACCUGGUUACCAUGCCACGCACAGAACCAGGGAGUCCAUCUAGAGGAACCAGUCUGUUGCAAGAACAGGAGAGCUUGAAAUGGAUCCAACCAAGGAGAUGUCCUGCUUCAUCUAUCCCUGUCAGCACAACAAGUGUCCGCCCCAGUCCCAUGCUACAGUCAACAAUUUUCUGGCUGGGUCUCCUCAGCUCCAUACUGCUGCGGAGUGGACAAGGUGUGUUGGCAGGGGAGACAUGGGGCAUGGUGUCCAUCUGCCCCAUCCACUGCGUGUGUCGGAACUUAUCAGAGUCUCUGAGCACACUGUGUGUGAAUAAAGGUCUUCUUUUUGUGCCACCAAACAUUGAUCGCCGCACCGUGGAGCUGCGUCUUGCUGACAACUACAUCCUGGAAGUGGGAGGUGCAGACUUUGCCAAUAUGACAGGACUAGUUGACCUGACAUUGUCACGCAACACCAUACAUGCUCUGAAACCACUGGCCUUUGCUGAUCUGGAGAGUCUGCGUUCGCUUCACCUGGACACCAACCGUAUCACAGUGGUGGGGCCUCAGGAUCUGACAGGUCUUAUUAACCUUCAGCAUCUCAUCAUCAACAACAAUCAGCUCACAGAUGUUUCGGCGGAUGCUUUUGAUGACUUUCUACUAACUCUGGAGGAUCUGGAUCUUUCCUACAAUAACCUUCGCAGGGUUCCUUGGGAAUCUAUUCAGAAUAUGGCUAGCCUGCACACCUUAAAUCUAGAUCACAAUCUAAUAGACCAGAUUGCUGAGGGUUCUUUCAGUGAGCUCUAUAAACUGUCCCGACUGGAUAUGACCUCCAACAGAUUGCAGACUCUUCCCCCUGAUCCACUGUUUUCCAGAUCCCAGAUUGGGGUUGUCAGUCCAACACCUUACAAUUCAAUCACCAGCCUUAACUUUGGGGGGAAUCCCCUGCACUGCAACUGUGAGCUGUUGUGGCUACGACGACUGAUUCGGGAAGACGACAUGGAGACGUGUGCCACACCUACUCAUCUGGCGGGUCGAUACUUCUGGUCCAUUCCAGAGGAAGAGUUCACGUGUGAGCCUCCACUGAUCACCCGUAAUACCAACAAGCUGUGGGUGUUGGAGGGCCAAAGAGCCACCCUUAAAUGUCGAGCCAUUGGUGACCCUGAGCCAGUCAUUCAUUGGGUGUCACCAGAUGACCGUAUUGUGGCCAACUCUAGUCGCAUUCGCUCAUACUAUAAUGGCACACUGGAUUUUUUGGUGACCCGUGCUAGAGAUGAUGGCACCUAUACAUGCAUUGCCAUCAAUGCUGCAGGGGAAUCCACAGCUCUGGUAGACUUGAAGAUCAUCCCUCUUCCUCACAGAGGGAAUGGUACAAUAACUCUUAUCAACCACAGAGACCCUGGAUCCUCUGAUAUUAGUAGUGGCCGUGGAGGGGUUGAAGGGGCAGGGACUGGUGUAGUGACUGUACGGAAUGCCACCGGAGGCAAAGGAGAUACUGGAGAAAGAGGAAGUGGAAGCAGUAAUGGAGGAACCGACACCCUGGUAGGAGUUCUAGGUGUGACAUCCAAUUCAGCACAGAUUCGCUGGAAAAUGAGUCGAUCUUCAAUGCCUUUCUUGGUGUGGAUGUAUCAGAUCCAGUACAACAGCACAGCUGAUGACGCACUUGUUUACAGAAUUCUGCCUCCAACCAGUAAUAGUUUCCUGCUGAAAAACUUGGUGUCAGGAGCAGACUACAGCCUGUGCGUCUUGGCCAUAUUCGAUGAUGGCAUCUCCUCCUUGGCUACUACAAAGGUGCUGGGCUGCAUCCAGUUCAGCACUAAAGAGGAUUAUCCAGAAUGUCGUUCUCUGCACGCUCACUUCCUGGGCGGCACGUUGACAGUGAUGGUGGGUGGCGUGGUGGUAGUAACCCUUCUGGUCUUCACCGUGGCCAUGAUGGUGCGCCAUCGCGUCUGCGGAGAGUGUCGGGACGAUGCCAACAGGCCGGGCAAGUUCUUUCCAGCCAAAGGGGUGGAUGUUUACGCCCAGACGAACGGAAACAACAGUAUGAUGAUGGUAGCGUUGCCAAACGGACUCUUGGCCCAAAGAACAAAAGACAAACCCAAGCCCAGCUCUCUCCCAAAACCUAAACAGAGCCCGGAGCCACACCGUGGCACAUGCGAUAGGGGAGACGGGGCAGUGAGGGAAAAAUGUUUUAGUCCUCUCACACCAGAAAGUGAGAGAUUGACACUCUAUUAUUCCCCAAGUAACACACUGCCCACGCCGACACAAAAGCGAGCAGGUAGGCUCAAGCAGAGGAAGUCUCUGGAGAAAGACAGAGACGUGGACAGACAAGUCUUGGCCUCGCUUGCAGUGACACAAGAUGGAGAUGAUGGAAGGGAAGGAGGCUCAGACUUGAGGCAGGCACUCAAGACCAAACGUAGCUGCUCUUUUGAUGUGGGUGAAAUCACCACCACUACGUGUUACAGCUACGCCAAGCGUCUGAGCGUCAUCUGGACCCGACGUAGCCAGUCCCUACACGGCAUGCUUGUCCACUGUGCCUCCACCACCAGCACAUCCAGCACGGGUAGCAGCGAGCAGUACGGCCACGGCCUAACGCAGAACUAUCUACAUGCCUUCGCUUCCAACAACUCCUCCAACUCCAACUCCAACUCAACUUCAAACUCAAACAGUAGCAUGACCGUCAAUCCAAGAGACCUGGAGGAAAGCGUGGUGUAGAUAGUGAAAAAAAGACUCCACAUAUGGGUGGGUGACAUUUAGGAAAGUCUGAUACGAACAAAUAAGGCAACUAUAAAAACGAGAUGAAAACUAAUUAUUAGGGGAGGGCAGGAUUGAUGAGAAUAAUGCUCCUGACACAAAGGAUUGGCUAUUAUUUUAUGACCGUCAUUAUUUCCCACAACACAACAAGGCUCAAAAUCAAAUUAUGUGAAGACAAAGAAUGACAAGUAGGAUUUGAAGAAAUAAGAAUUCAAGGACAGGCUUGUUUUUUUUUACGACAGGCCCAAGGCAUGGGGGAUUACAACCUAAAGCAUCUGUUUCAACAAGAUUAAUUAACCAAUUAAUAAAUUAUUGAAUAAAUCAGCCGCUACUUUAUGCAGAAGAAACAUUAUUUGAAUGCUAAUGAGGAGCUGAACUAAAGGGGUAAAUAUUACAAAAAUAGAAAGAAGAAAAAAAAAUAAAUAAAAAAACAAAAAAAAAAAA